GAGGAGAUGCAGGUGAAGUCAUCAGGAUUUGUGACAGAUUUGUGACAGAUUGGCAUGAAAUGUUCAGACAGGGAAAGAUUCUAAGCUUUCCCUCUCUGCUUCCACCUGAUGGAGCACUUCAGGGUCUCUGUGGGCAGGCCAGCUGCCUAAAAGCCAUCUGGAAGCCGAGAUUCUGGAGCGUAGUCUUCGGAGCUGCUCAGCUCCUCUGGUUCAGUGCACUGAUCUCUGAGUUAUCAAAUCAGAAAGAAGUAGCAGCGUGGACCUAUAAUUACAGCACAAAGGCAUACUCGUGGAAUUACUCACGGGCAUUCUGCCAGAAGCACUUUACAGAUUUAGUGGCCAUCCAGAAUAAGAAUGAAAUUGCUUACCUCAAUGACGUCAUACCCUAUUACAGCUCUUACUACUGGAUUGGGAUCCGAAAGAUCAAUAAUAAGUGGACCUGGGUGGGAACCAAAAAGACUCUCACAGAGGAGGCUGAGAACUGGGCUGACAAUGAACCCAACAACAAAAGGAACAACCAGGACUGUGUGGAGAUUUACAUCAAGAGUGAGUCAGCCCCUGGCAAGUGGAAUGAUGAGCCCUGUCAGAAGAGAAAGCGGGCACUGUGCUACACAGCCUCCUGCCAGGACAUGUCGUGCAAUCAACAAGGGGAAUGUAUCGAGACCAUCGGGAACUACACCUGCUCCUGCUACCCUGGCUUCUAUGGGCCAGAGUGUGAAUAUGUUAGAGAAUGUGGAGAAUUUGACCUCCCUCAACACGUGAUCAUGAACUGCAGCCACCCUCUGGCAAACUUCUCUUUCAACUCACAGUGCACCUUCCACUGUGCUGAAGGGUACGAAUUGAAUGGACCCAGCAAGCUGGAAUGCCUGGCUUCUGGAAUCUGGACAAAUAAGCCGCCACAGUGUGUAGCUAUGCAGUGUCAGCACCUGGAAGCCCCUAGCAAAGGAACCAUGGACUGUGUGCAUCCACUGGCUGCCUUUGCUUAUGGCUCCAGCUGUAAAUUUGAGUGCCAAUCUGGCUAUCGAGUGAGGGGUUUGAACACGCUCCACUGCAGUGGCUCUGGUCAGUGGACUGCACCCUUGCCAGCCUGUGAAGCAGUUGCAUGUGAGCCACUGGAGAGCCCCGUCCAUGGAAGCAUGGAUUGCUCCCCAUCCUCAGGAGUCUUUCAGUACAACACCAACUGCAGCUUCCAUUGUGCUGAAGGCUUCAUGCUGAAAGGAGCUGACAUCAUUCAGUGUGCAGACUUGGGCCAGUGGACAGCACCAGCUCCAGUCUGUCAAGCUUUGCAGUGCCAAGAUUUUCCAGUUCCAACUAAGGCCCAGGUGAACUGCUCACACCCUUUUGGUACCUUUCGGUAUCAGUCAGUCUGCAGCUUCUCUUGUGAGGAAGGCUCACUCCUAGUGGGAGCAAGUGCAUUACAGUGCUUGGCUACUGGACGCUGGAGUGCUAUUCCUCCAGAAUGCCAAGCCAUUACCUGCACACCUCUCCUAAGCCCUCAGAAUGGAACAAUGACCUGUGUCCAACCUCUUGGAGGUUCCAGUUAUAAAUCCACAUGCCAGUUCAGCUGUGAUGAGGGGUUUUCUUUAUCUGGACCAGAAAGAUUGGAUUGUGCUCCAUCCGGACACUGGACAGAAUCCCCACCAACAUGUGAAGCCAUUGAGUGUCCUGAACUCUUCAGCCCAGAGCAAGGCAGCCUGAAUUGUUCUCACACUCAUGGAGAAUUCAGUGUUGGCUCCACCUGCCAUUUCUUCUGUAACAAGGGCUUUACAUUAGAGGGAUCAAGCAAUGUGGACUGCACAGCUUCUGGAAGAUGGUCAGGACCUCCACCAAUCUGCAAAGAUGUAGCAUCAAUUCCUGUUCAAGAGGUGCAAUGUCCAGCCCUCACCAUUCCUGGGCAGGGAACGAUGUCCUGCAGACAUUACCAGGGAGCCUUUGGUUUGAAUUCGACUUGUUACUUUGGAUGCAAAGCUGGAUUCACACUUGUAGGAGACAGCGCACUCAGAUGUAGAUCUUCAGGACAAUGGACAGCAAUAACUCCAGCCUGCAGAGCCAUCAAAUGCUCAGAACUACACUUUAGUCAGCCAGUCAUGAUGAACUGCUCCAAUCCCUGGGGCAAUUUCAGCUAUGGGUCAACCUGCACUUUCCAUUGUCCAGAGGGUCAGUUGCUUAAUGGUUCUACAAGAGCAGUAUGCCAAGAGAACGGCCACUGGUCAUCUACCAUGCCAACCUGCCAAGCAGGGCCAUUGACUAUCCAGGAAGCCAUGACUUACUUUGGUGGAGCAGUGGCUUCUACAACAGGUCUGGCAAUGGGUGGUACUCUCCUGGCUCUGCUAAGAAAGCGUUUAAGGAAAAAAGAUGAUGGGAAAUCUCCCUUGAACCCUCAAAGCCACCUAGGAACCUAUGGAGUCUUUACAAAUGCUGCAUUUGAUCCAAGCCCUUAAAAGACCUGUCCUCCUGGUUACCUCAUUCAAUCUCUGAAGUGCAUGCUUCAGAACAUCAAGCUUCCUGCUAGACUUGACCUUAACUGUAACACAUUUGUUGCAGUUUUUUGUAAAUACUUGUGAAUAAAGGACAUUGAAUAUCCUUUAGAUUAGCUCUGGACCAGAACAGAAGGAUUGUGCCACAUUCCCAUCUCUCCACCCUUUCCUGCCCCACCUCUGCUAUUCCUCCAACACAGCCCAGAAGCCAGCAGCAAAUGUUUGAGCUGUGGUCUGUGGGCUUUAACUGAAGACAGGGAUAUGUGACUCACAAGAAAAACAGACUGUGCAAAAAUAAAAAUACCAAUUUGGUUUUGGAUUGAGGGAAGGCAUUCUCUACAUUGUUGGAAGACAGGCACACCUCUGAUAUGAAGAAGUUCCUGUAGGGUCACAUGAGGUCUCCAAUGGAUGUGGUCUCUGAGGUCCCUUAGACCCCAGCUGCUGAGGCUUCCAGAGCAGCCUCUGGUUCAGAGGCUGCAGAAGACCAAGAACUGAGAUAGGAGGCCAUGUCUCACUGUAACCUUCCCUCCACCAAAGGACCCAAAGACCAAUCACUGAGUGUAUAAUUAAAAAGAUCCCUCAAU